AUGAGCGCGCCGCACCCGGGCAGCCGAGGGGAUCCGCGCGCCGCCGCCUCCGCCAUGGCGUCCCUGCCGCCCCGCGCAGGGCCCGCCACGCCGCUUUCGCCCGCGCGCCUGUCUCGGCUGCAGGAGAAGGAGGAGCUGCGCGAGCUCAACGACCGCCUGGCGCACUACAUCGACCGCGUCCGCGCUCUGGAGCUGGAGAACGAUCGGCUGCUGCUCCGGAUCUCCGAGAAGGAGGAGGUGACCACGCGCGAGGUGAGUGGCAUCAAGGCCCUGUACGAGUCAGAGCUGGCUGACGCCCGGCGGGUGCUGGACGAGACGGCCCGGGAACGCGCUCGGCUGCAGAUCGAAAUGGGAAAGCUUCAGGCCGAGCUGGACGAGGCCAGGAAGAGUGCCAAGAAGCGGGAAGGUGAGCUCACGGUGGCCCAGGGCCGCGUGAAGGACCUGGAGUCCCUAUUCCACCGGAGUGAGGCAGAGCUGGCCUCCACCCUCAGUGACAAGCACGGGCUGGAGAACGAUGUGGCCGAGCUCCGAGCGCAGCUGGCGAAGGCAGAGGACGGCCACGCUGUGGCCAAGAAGCAGCUGGAGAAGGAGACGCUGAUGCGCGUAGACCUGGAGAACCGCUGCCAGAGCCUGCAGGAAGAACUGGGCUUCAGCAAGAGCGUGUUCGAGGAGGAGGUGCGGGAGACCCGGCGGAGGCACGAGAGGCGCCUGGUGGAGGUGGACAGUAGCCGGCAGCAGGAGUACGACUUCAAGAUGGCCCAGGCCCUGGAGGACCUGCGCAGCCAGCAUGAUGAACAAGUGCGGCUGUACCGCCUGGAGCUGGAGCAGACCUACCAGGCCAAGCUGGACAACGCCAAGCUGAGCUCGGACCAGAACGACAAGGCGGCCAGUGCCGCCCGCGAGGAACUCAAGGAAGCCCGCAUGCGCGUGGAGUCCCUCAGCUACCAGCUCUCGGGCCUCCAAAAGCAGGCCAGCGCUGCCGAGGACCGCAUCCGCGAACUGGAGGAGGUUGUCGCCGGCGAGCGUGAAAAGUUCCGCAAGAUGCUGGACGCCAAGGACCAGGAGAUGACGGAGGUGCGCGAAGCCAUGCAGCAGCAGCUGGCCGAGUACCAGGAGCUGCUGGACGUCAAGCUGGCCCUGGACAUGGAGAUCAGCGCCUACCGCAAACUGCUGGAGGGCGAGGAAGAGAGGCUGAAGCUGUCCCCUAGCCCGUCUUCCCGCGUCACCAUCUCCCGGGCCACCUCGAGCAGCAGCAGCAGCAGCGGGGUUGGCAUGUCCGUGGGGCGGGGCCGAGGCAAGCGCCGGCGGCUUGAGACCGAGGACACCCAGGGCUCCCGCAGCAGCGGCAGCGGCGGCCAAGGCUCCAGCCUGGGCAGCGGCUCCCGCCUGGCCCAGCAGGCAGCGGUCACGGGUGUCGUGAGCAUCGAGGAGGUAGACCUGGAGGGCAGGUUCGUGCGGCUCAAGAACGCCUCGGACAAGGACCAGUCUUUGGGGAACUGGAGAAUCAAGAGACAGGUCCUGGAGGGUGAGGACAUUGCCUACAAGUUCACGCCCAAGUAUGUCUUGCGGGCCGGCCAGACAGUCACGGUGUGGGCAGCUGGCGCAGGGGUCGCCCACAGCCCCCCAUCAACCCUUGUGUGGAAAAGCCAGAGCAGCUGGGGCUCUGGGGAGAACUCCCGCACCGUCCUGGUCAACGCGGAUGGAGAGGAGGUUGCUGUGCAGGCCGUGAAGCAGACAAGCGUUCAGGUGAGCGAGAACGGGGAGGAAGAGGAAGAGGAGGCAGAAUUCGGCGAGGAGGACCUUUUCCACCAGCAGGGGGACCCGAGGACCACCUCGAGGGGUUGCCGGCUGAUGUGAAACCUGCCCCAUGGUCACCAAGGUCCCCACAGGCCCUGAAAUUAUUUUUUCUAGUCAGCUCUAA